AUGAUCUCCUCUGUCAAACAACCUAGUAUGUCGAUCAUAGGUUCCAAUGUUGUUCUCCAGAAAAAGGGUCACUCACACUCCAUUGUGCCUUUUAUAUCAAGAGAAAAACCUCAGAGAUGCAUUGUUUCAGUGCAAAAGCCACUUCACCUUUCUUGUGUUGGUGUUGAGAAUUUUAUUGGGUCAGUGAGAGUUGAAAGAAGUGAUCUUGUAACAUGUGAAGCUUAUGAAGCAGAUAGAUCAGAAGUUGAAGGUGUUGGUGCUACAGCAGAGGCUGCUAAGAAGGUGAAAAUUGGGAUAUACUUUGCAACAUGGUGGGCUUUGAAUGUGGUUUUCAAUGUUUAUAACAAGAAGGUUUUGAAUGCUUACCCUUACCCUUGGCUUACUUCAACUCUCUCACUUGCAUGUGCGUCUCUUAUGAUGUUGAUUUCAUGGGCCACUAGGAUAGCUGAGGCACCUAACACUGAUCUUCAGUUUUGGAAGACUUUGUUCCCUGUGGCUGUUGCACAUACAAUAGGACAUGUAGCAGCAACAGUUAGCAUGUCAAAAGUUGCAGUGUCAUUCACUCAUAUUAUAAAGAGUGGAGAGCCUGCUUUCAGUGUAUUGGUUUCAAGAUUUCUUUUGGGUGAGAAUUUUCCGGUGCCAGUCUAUCUGUCUUUGAUUCCAAUCAUCGGUGGAUGCGGACUUGCUGCUCUUACAGAGCUCAAUUUCAACAUGACAGGUUUUAUGGGCGCUAUGAUAUCAAAUUUGGCAUUCGUAUUCCGUAACAUCUUUUUGAAAAAAGGCAUGAAGGAAUGGUGUACAAUUCUAGCUGAUAAAAGUUUUACCCUUGUAUCUGCAAAAUAUCUAAUUUUGUUUCAAGACCUUGAUACUUGUGGUAAAUGGGCAUGGGGACCAGCUGCACUUGUUGUGUUAUAUGACUAUCUUAGAGAUAGUACAUUGCCUGCAACCAAACUGAUUGUAGGAUAUUUAUCUUUAUUUCAGACUUGGAUUUCUGAACAUUUUCUUGAUAUUUGUAAACGGGAUAUGGAUGAGCUUAUCUCCUCCAUGCCACAGAUGUUUCGUUGGACUGCAAAACAAACAUCUGGGAACGUUGCAUAUUACAGGGAAAAUUUGGAUGCUUUGAGGAAUACUGAUAUUAUCUGA